AGUUUCCAUGCACCGCGAUCUCAUUAAUCUUGGUAGACGCCAGCGGGCGGCUGUCAUGAAGAAGGCAGAACAUGAUUAUAAUGCCUUGAAGCUCGAGCUGUUGCCGACAAUCCACUCUUCUUUCUUCCAACCUUCCUCGUCUCUCUGGCUUGCUCCCAGGACCUCUGCUGAGCCGGAAAGGGAUCAUCACUAGGCUUACCCUACGCCUUGCUGCUUACCGACUAAGGAUACAACCUUGACAACGGUUUCGCAAACUACGCCUUCGUGGCUGUCUCAGUCGAAGCACAGUACGAAGCAACCCGCUGAAAGGGUCCCGUUGAAUCAAAUCGAACACAUUGACUGUGCUCCUUUUCAAAGUAUACACACAUAUAAACACAACACCCAUAUUGCGGAAAGGAGCUUCACGAGAGACAUUACCUCACUCUUCGCAUUUGCUGCACUUCAUCUCAGCAGCUGAAGAGCCUAUUUGAAGAUCUCUCUGUCCUCAAACUUUCCUUUGUCUUCUACUACAAGCACUACACCUUCAAACACAUGCAAAAAUGCUUUCAAGCAUAAUAUUAGCCGCCCUGCCGCUUUUUGCGUCAGCUGCCCCAUCUCCACAGCCUGACCUUUUCUCUUCACUGGCCAAGCGAGCAGACGUUCCGGCUGCCAUUUCACAGUGUGAUCUCUCCACAGUCAAGAUGAACACUGAGGGUUUGCCUCCUCCAUCAGCUGGUCUCGUGCUUGAUCACAUCGCCAUCGGCCGUGGCACCCAAAACUACACCUGCAAAGACGACACCGACGCGUCCACGCCGACGCUUGUAGGUGCCCUAGCGACGCUCUUCAACGUCACCUGCAUGGCUGGUCCUUACGCCUCACUGUUAGAGGUCUUGCCUUCAAUUGCCGUCAAGUUUCCAGUCCCCGAUCCCAACGCGGCACUCUCGCCCGCGAACCUCUUCUUGCUUGGCCAUCACUACUUCACCAACAUGACAACGCCGUUCUUCAAUCUCAACACGGACAGCCACGAAUGGGGUCUGAUGGCUUGCUCGAAACUGAAUUCCACAAACGCACCGAACAGCGCCGUAGACGUGACCAACCUCAAGCUUGCAGCUAAGAGCAGAGACGGUUGUACUGUUCAAGAAGUAUACCGCCUAAACGCCGCAGGAGGUCAGCCGCCAGCGACUUGCAAGGGCAUGGCCAGCUCGUUCCAGGUUGAUUACGCAGCUGAGUACUGGUUCUGGAGCGACCCUAAGGGCCAGACCAAGACAGGCUCGUACAGUUAGAGGGGACAAAUUUGUCACUUUCAAUGAAAAUAUGAUGUACUUUGUUUUUUCUUCACUCAGUAUUCUUUUUUUUCUUUUGGCGAGCAUUGCACCGGCGUCACAAUGAGGAACGGAGUUUCAUACGCGCUCCGAGGUGCUGUCUCUUAUCGCCGCAACUUCUUUCAUAUUUUCUCGCACAGUCGACAUGUUGAGGGGUUUUUUUGGUGUUGAUUCGCCAUGUCAGAUUAUGUACGAGCAUAGCGCGGGUAUCUUGAUUGUCUCUCUGUAAAAAUCUUUGGAGCCAAAGAUGAAAUGCCGUGUUCUCUAAUCGCAUGGCUCAGACACUAUAAUACAAACAUUU